AGAAAAAAAAAAAGUUCGCCGGGGCUUGCGUCCCGCCCCUCCCUCAGCGCCACCGAACGUUAGCAGGGAGUGCCGUGUUGGAUCAACCGUCCAAAAAAAAAGGGGUCCAAGGGGUUCUUUUGUGACAUCAAAGCCGAACCGAUCCCGCGACGACCCUCAUAACCCGACCAUGGGCCCCUCCGGCUCGACCUCGACACCCUUCGUUGCAUCGCAGGCAUCCGGGUACGGCAAAAUGGCUGUCGCCUCGGAUUCGACUGCACGGAGGAUCGUUCAAAUGCGAGAUUGGGUCUCUGCGCAAGAAGCUAUGUUUCCCAACGCGCCUGCCACUAUCCCCGUCGGACCAUCGCCGCAAGAAGACAGAGCACACAACAGCGCGCUGCAUCCUCCUCGUGCGCGGCUCCGGAGCAUGAGUGUCUCCCUCCCUUGGCGGCACCGGCUCAAGUCGUCGCUCCUAGAGCCCAGCCUUGAAAAUGGAACUGGCUACCAUGGCCACAGGUUGGAGAAGAGCAGGAGCCAUCACGGGUUCGACCGCCAGGAAGAUGUCCAGCUUCCCCCUACUUCGUCGAUACAAGGGAACUUCAAGCGAAUGCUGCGACGAGCCUCUGUCUCGCUCAAGACGGGAGUGAAGGGAUUCAUCCACCGGCGCACCUCGGUACCGGCUACGACAACGUUCGACACCGACGGUCGGCCCGCGAGGCCCCAGCUCACCGGCUCCUCCCACCACGCGUCCCGCCCGACCACCUCCUACUCGGCAUGGCACCGUCUGCGGAAGGAGGCUAGCUUCCAACGACACUCGCAAACCCCCUUCCCCGGUUACGCCGACCGUACGUUCGCGCACGACCUCGAUCCGAUCGAAUCACCGACCCUACCCAUCCCCGGCUCCGGCGAGCAGCCACCCAUCAUCCCUCGGAAUACCGGCGCCGCGGCGAGGCAUGCCGCGGCGAUUGCCUGCAACGGGCGGCACGGCUGCGACCUCAUGGACAUGCCCAUGCCCGUGCCCCGCCCGGGGUGGCUGGCGAAAGACGGGGGGCUGGACGACCGCGAGAGCGGCAUCGGGAUCGCGCUGACGAGCUGCGAGACCGAGCCGUACAUUCCCGAGGACGAGGUGGAUUCGGACGUCGACGUUGGCACCAGCUCCAACUGCGACGAGGCGGCCAUCGUCAAGGUCGACUUCAUCUCCCAGCUGCCGCUGGAGCUGGCUAUUCAGAUCCUCGCGCUGCUCGACGCGCCGACGCUCAACACGGCCAGCCGGGUCUGCUCCGGCUGGUACCACGUCAUCCGGAACCAGCACAUCUGGCGCGAGUCCUUCCUGCGCGAGAAGACCACCACCUACGCCACCAGCGGGCCCGUCAAGCCGGGCGCCGGCCUGGGCGUGCCGCGGGUGCGGCCGACCAACGACUGGCGAGAGAUCUACAGGGCCAAGACGGAGCUUGACAGGCGCUGGAAGGAGGGCAAAGCACGGCCGGUGUAUCUCAACGGGCACACGGAUAGCAUUUACUGCCUGCAAUUCGACGAGUCCAAGAUCAUCACCGGCUCUCGCGACCGCACCAUCCGGGUAUGGGACAUGCACACCUUUGCCUGCAAGCUGGUCAUCGGCCCUCCCGAGAUCGUCAACGACAAUUCGGCGGCCCUUCUGUACGACGAGAACAACAUCCCGGUCCACCACGCGACCCUCCCGGACGUGGACCCGUCCCCGACGCCGGACGGCCUCCCGCGGGCCCCGAUCCGUGCGUACCACUCGGUCCCGGCGCUGUACGCGCCGCCCAUCCACCACAAGGCGUCGAUCCUCUGUCUGCAGUACGACGACCGCAUCCUGGUCACGGGAUCGUCCGACUCGACUUGCAUCAUCUACUCGCUCGCCGACGGCUUCCGCCCCGUGCGGCGGCUGCGGCACCACUCGGCGGCGGUGCUGGACCUCGUCUUCGACGACAAGCACAUCGUGACGUGCUCCAAGGACGUGUCCAUCUGCGUGUGGGACCGGGCGACGGGGGCGCUGCUGCGGCAGCUGCGGGGACACUCGGGCCCGGUCAACGCGGUGCAGAUGCGGGGCAACACGAUCGUCUCGUGCAGCGGCGACUUCAAGGUGAAGCUGUGGAACAUCGACACGGGCAAGAACAUACGCGAGUUCCUCGGCCACAGCAAGGGCCUCGCCUGCAGCCAGUUCUCCGAGGACGGCCGGUACAUCGCGUCGGCCGGCAACGACCGCGCCAUCCGCAUCUGGGACGCCAACACGGGCGAGUGCGUGCGCGAGAUGCGCGCGCACGAGAACCUCGUCCGCAGCCUGCACGUCGACAGCAUCAGCGGCCGCCUCGUCAGCGCCAGCUACGACUCCGACAUCAAGGUCUGGGACAUGGAGACGGGCCAACCCCUGCUCGACUUCCCCAAGUGGCACUCGAGCUGGGUCCUGAGCGCGAAGAGCGACUACCGCCGCAUCGUCAGCUCCGGGCAGGAUCCCAAGAUCCUGAUCCUCGACUUUGGCGCCGGUGUCAGGGGUAUCGAGAUGCUCGAGAGCACCCCGGCCGAGGGCGAAGAGGAGCCCGAGGCCAAUCAAGCCAAACGCGGAGUCCAUAUCUGAACUAUUAUAAUCCGGGGCAUUUCUCUUUGUUUCUUUCUUUUUUUGUCUUCUUGUUUUUGUUUUCUUCUCUUUCCCUUCUUCCUCUCGAAAAUCGUCCCGGAACUACGCGCCCAAGGGCCGUUAAUGGUAGAAUCAAAGACGGAGGAAGCAAUUUGCGGUUGAUGCGCGCUGGCGGGCAUCCUGCCGCUGUCCAAGGGUUUUGGACAGCAAUAGACUCUGUGGUAAAAGCAAUCGGGGGAGCACAGGCGUUUGCUAUGGGAUCCCUCCGAAACUACGACCAGCAACAUAUGGCUGGAGGGAUAUAGGAUCUCAUCUUCGGGUUU